AUGGAGAUUGUUACACCCCCAAAACGAAAUCGAAGUGGAAAGGUUGUGCAUACCAAACAGAAACAAAUUAUUAUAAAUGUAUACAAGGAUAUCCUCAUCACAGAACCCGAUAUUACUUAUGAAAAUUUAGUGAAAAGGGUGUCUAUAGCAUGUGGCAUUGGAGUACUAACAGUCAAAAACACAAUCAGCGAAUACAAGCGUACGGGCAAAGUAUCCUCACCAAUGAAUAAAAAGAAAAGACCUACUGUAAUAGAUAAAGUUGACGAUUUUGACAAAGAUGCAAUUCGUCAAAAAAUCCAUGCAUUUUGGUUCAGACGAGAAAUUCCGACAUUAACAAAAAUAAUACAAGUAGUAAACGAUGAUCCUGAUCUUCCAAAUCUAACACGUACGUCAUUCCAAAGAUUGUUAAAGAGCAUGCAAUUUGAGUACACAAAAAGGGACAGAAACAGUGCUCUUACCGAAAGAGAGGAUCUUGUUACUUGGCGGCGCAGUUAUAUUUCUGACAUUCGACGUUAUCGAGAGGAAGGCCGAACAAUUUAUUUUUUGGAUGAGACGUGGGUCAAUGCUGGAGAUUGUUCGUCAAGAGUAUGGGUCGACCAAACAAUACAAUCACACCGAGAUGCUUUCCUCAGAGGCUUAACUACAGGGUCACAUAAUCCAACAGGAAAAGGCAAACGGCUCAUUGUGGUUCACAUCGGGUCAGCUGAGGGUUUCGUCGCAGGUGGUCUUUUGUGUUUUGAAUCAAAAAAAAACACAUCUGACUACCACGACGAAAUGAACGGAGAUACAUUUUUCGAAUGGUUCUGUGGCGUUUUACCUUUACCUCUAUUUUUAAACCAUGAGAUACAAGAGUUGAUUUUAUUAACAUUGAAAGCGUUUCUCCAUCUGUAG